GCGGCCCGGCUUCCCUAGCAACGCCACAGUCCUACCCUAGCAACGUAGCGGCCCGGAGACCGGCAUGGGGCAGGAUUACUACUCGGUGCUGGAGAUCACCCCCAGCGCCGACCAAGCCGACAUUAAGCGGGCAUACCGGAAGUUGGCGCUGAAAUACCAUCCUUUAAAAAAUAAAGACCCCUCAGCCCCCCACCGCUUCAGACAGAUUGCAGAGGCGUACGACAUCCUGAGUGACCUCAGGAAGAAGGCCACCUAUGACAAAUUCGGAGAAGAGGGUCUGAAAGGGGGAAUCCCUGCUGAGUUUGGUGGUGAGGACGUCUGGACAUCUGCUUACGUGUACCAUGGCAAUCCCGACAAGACCUUCAAAGAGUUUUUCGGAGGUGAUAACCCGUUUGCAGACUUUUUCACGCCGGAAGGCUCUGAAGUGAACACGGGGUUUGGAGGACUGCGCGGGAGAGGGGAGAAGAAACAGGACCCGCCCAUUGCCAGAGACCUCUACCUUUCCUUGGAGGACUUGUAUUUUGGUUGCACAAAGAAGAUAAAGAUUUCACGCAGGGUGAUGAAUGAGGACGGCCACACAUCCAGCAUACGGGAUAAGAUACUGUCUAUAGAUGUCAGCGCUGGCUGGAAGCCAGGGACCAGAAUAACCUUUCCUAAUGAAGGCGAUCAGGGCCCGAACGUCAUCCCAGCAGACAUCGUCUUCAUAGUGAAGGAGAAACCUCACCCGCGCUUUGUAAGACAAGGGGACGACCUGAUCUACACGGCCAGCAUCGAACUCGGGAAGGCUCUGAUUGGCUGCACUGUGGAAGUUGAAACGUUAGACGAGAGAAUAUUGACUAUCCCAAUUAAUGACAUUGUACACCCCAAGUACAGUAAGGUGGUCCCCGGGGAGGGCAUGCGGGUGAGCAAAGACCCCAAUCGGAAGGGAGACCUCAUCAUCCAGUUUGACAUCCAGUUCCCGGAACACCUGACGCCCCAGAAGAAGCAGCUGCUGCAGAAAGCGCUCCUGUCCUAACGCCGCGGCACGGAUCUUUAUCAGGACAAUUCCAAUAUUAUUACACUGCAGGACACUGACCAGCAAAGUAGUGUUUACUUAUAGGUAUCAUGUGUCUGGAAGCCAGACUCCUGGUCAUGUUAAUAAGAGUACUUACACUGGACCAGUAAUGGAAAUUACACUAAGAUUCCUGCUUGCAGUCAGGUUAGAUCCUACUUGGAUUUUUUUUACUCUAACUCAAUAAAGAAAUGUGUUAAAGUCA